GUUUGUUUGACCGUUGACUAGAUGACGUAUUCAUCGCUUCCCGUUGAUCGUCGUCGCCGUCUCUAUCUCUCUUCCCCGACGAUAGCAAGUAGAGUAGCUCAGGACUAGGGCAUCUGAGAAAAAAUGUCAUCUCUAGGUUGCAGAAAGUUAACAGCAUGUUCUGUAUUUGCAGUUCUUAUCCAAAUGAUAGGUCUCUCUUUCUUCGUUCGCGGUUUUUUCCCCGUUAAACCAGCUCUUUCCGGCUUCAGUGGACCGGAGAGCUUUCAUUCACCAUCUGAUGACUUGGUUAAAGAACAGAUUGUAUCAGAUUUGCAUCCUGAUGAGCUAAAAUCGGUGUAUGAGGAAAUGCAUGGAAUUCCUACCUCUUAUGACCGAUUAAUUUUAAUGGUUAUUGAUGGCCUUCCAGCAGAGUUUCUGCUUGGAAGGGAUGGUCGACCUCCAGCAAAGGCUAUGAUGGAUGCUAUGCCAUAUACUCAACUUUUAUUGGCUAAUGGAAAGGCAAUUGGAUAUCAUGCUAAAGCUGCACCACCAACAGUCACAAUGCCUCGUUUAAAGGCCAUGGUGUCAGGGGCAAUUGCUGGAUUCUUGGAUGUGGCAUUUAACUUUAAUACACAAGCCCUUUUAGACGACAACCUCAUAGCUCAGUUCUUUAGAAUUGGUUGGAAAAUGGUUAUGCUUGGUGAUGAAACAUGGCUCAAGUUGUUUCCAGGUUUAUUCCAAAGGAAUGAUGGAGUCAGCAGUUUCUUUGUUAGAGAUACAGUCCAGGUAGACCACAAUGUUUCUCGACAUCUAGGCAGUGAGCUUGCUAGGACUGAUUGGGACCUUCUGGUUCUUCACUAUCUUGGUUUGGAUCAUGUUGGGCAUAUAGGAGGGCGCAACAGUGUCUUGAUGGGCCCAAAGCUUACACAGAUGGAUGAGGUUAUUAGGACAAUCCACCAGAGAACUAUUCAUUCUCAAGGCAACGCUACUCCACGAACACUUCUGGUGGUUGUUAGUGAUCAUGGCAUGACUUCCAGUGGUAACCACGGUGGAUCUUCGUACGAGGAAACUGACUCUUUGCUCCUUUUCAUUGGUUUGCCGGAAUACAUUGAGGACAGUGAUGCAGCUAUUCAGGAUUCUAUUUAUCAGGUUGACAUUGCACCAACUUUAGCUCUCCUCUUUGGUGUGCCCAUCCCCAAUAACAAUGUUGGUAUCAUGAUUUCAGAGGUUUUUCAUUCUCUAAGAGAGGAGCAUCAGCUAAGGGCAUUAGAGUUGAAUGCUUGGCAGUUACUCAGGUUACUGCAAGCACAGCUUCCCGGCUUUUGUAGAAUCAGUUUAGAUGUCACCACUGAGGUUGAUCAAUGGAUCAUUGUUAGCAAUUGUAAUGGCAAUAAUGAAGAGAUGAUGUGCUGCUCAUACAAAAAAGCUGCAGCUUUACACAAAUCUUGGAGAUCAAAAUUUGUCUCUGGAUCCAAUGGAAAAGAAGAGUAUAAGAAUAUUACUGCAGCAUAUAGAAAUUUUCUCAGAAUUGCAAGUGAGUGGUUAUCUCGCAGAGCAACUGAUAAACCUGUUGGCGUACUCAUUUCAGGAAUUGUAGCAAUGGUUUUCUCCUGCUUGAUAUUCUUGGGACUUCUAUUUUGCUUGAACCAAGAAGUUUAUCCUUCAGUAUCGUUACAUCAUUCUAAAACAAAAGGCAAUAUGCUCAAUUGGCAAUUGGAUGAAAUUUAUAUUCUGGCUGUUGUCUUGAUUGUUAUAGCAAGUAUGGGAUCAAGUUCGAUGGUUGAGGAAGAGCAAUACAUAUGGUACUUUAUUACGUCAACAUUUUCUCUGAUAUUACUUCGCAAAACAAUCCAGUCUUCCACCUUGACAAGAAACUCACGAAAAGUCAAUGCUGAUAGUAAAGAGCGAAGCCCAGUUUACAAUCAGGUAUCAUGUAUUAUGAUGAUUCUCAUUUUUGGGAGGAUUUUGAGAGGCUGGCAUCAGGGUGGUGUUAACUGGGUGAAUCUACCUGACAUUUCAAAGUGGUUGGAGCAAGAAGGAAAUAACUAUGUAAGAUCCAUCCAGUUGGUUGCUUCCCUUCUUGUGAUCUGCUUAAUCUUGUAUUCACUUUCUCUAUUACCAAGUAGCUCUUUUGUUGUGGUGGUUGGAUUGAGCUUCUUAGUUCCUUGCUGUCUGAUCCUGCAACAUACAAUUAAACACGAGGAAAGGAUAAUUGGACCAUCUGGAUUUGAUACGACAAAUACUCAAACAAUCUAUUCAGUUUUAGGGAUUCUCAUAACCAUGAUUUUACUUGUAUCACCUUGGCUUAUGCCUGUUAUGAACUCGAAGAUGCUUACGGCUGCUGAUCUUAGUGUGUCAACUAAUUCCGUUGAUGACAUGUUUAGAAAUUUUGUCCCCGUGGGAUAUAGAGGUACUAUGUAUGUGAUUGGAUGGGCAUAUGUAUCUUGCUGGUGCCUUCUGCAACUGGUGCUGCAGCAACCAAUAAACUCAAUGCCAGUUUCCUUGCUUUUUUGGGACAUUCUUGCCUGUAUAUGUUUUUUUGCCAACCAAGGACCAAAUUCAAAGCAAUGGGUUGAGAUUGCUGCAUUGUAUUUUUUGGGGAUGGUGGGCCAUUUUGCUCUAGGCAACACCAACACUCUAGCUACUAUUGAUGUUGCUGGGGCUUUUAUAGGCAUCUCAAGCCACUCCACAGCACUUUCGGGCAUUUUAAUGUUCAUUAUUACCUAUGCAUCUCCCAUGCUAGUUUUCCUCAGCCUGGUCAUCUAUAUUUCCAUGAAGACCACAAGUUCUCUAUCUCUAGGAAAUCUUCUCAAGAAGACGGUUGGCUUUGCUUGUUUGGUUCCCCUGGGCAUAAAUUCAAUUAUAUUGCUGGCUUACACCAUCAUGUUGCUUCUGAUGAGGAACCACUUAUUUGUUUGGAGUGUCUUCUCUCCCAAGUACCUAUAUGUUUGUGCUACAACCAUUUGUGUUUACAUAGGGGUGUUCAUUGUAUUUUCAACUGCCAUUUAUUCAGCUUCUGUUAUCUCGUUGCGUGUGAAAUUUUUGCAAGAUACCCAUUCAAAUUCAGUUAACAAUUAACAAUAUCUUUUCUUCUUCAA